AUGUGUUUCUACCGUGCCACCGUAUACGAGUGCAAGCACAGUGAACUCGGCAAAAAGGUCACAAUCUGCAAAUUGCAGAGGGACCUCCUCAAGUACACGGAAAGUAAUACUGGUCACACAUGCAUCGAGCGCCGUGUACACUCGAUGAACUGCGUCCGGAAGGCUGGAGUGUGUGACAAGUGCAAGCGUCUGGACACCCUCAAAGACCGCACGGCAAAUGCGUUCAAGAGCCUACAGAACACGCUACGAAAGAGCAAGGUUGUCGAUGACGAUUCUGGGGAUGAUGACCUUAGAGCUCUCGAGACCUUUGAGGCUGUCGAGGUUCCCAAGGUCGAGCUUGCUUCGAAUGAUGAUAGUUCUGCAGCCCACGAGAUCUUUGAACUUAUCCCGACUCCUAGGCUUGACAUGAUCUCUGACGAGCUUGAUGAUGAAGAGAGAUGGUCUACUCUUUGGUGCUCUCUGAUGUAA